CGGCGGAGGGGACCCUGCCCGGGGCCGGUUCACCGCGCCGGGCACCUGCGGGGGAGCGGCAGCGCUCCCCAAUACGGCUGCCCGCCCCUCCGCGCCGCCCAGCCCCGCGCCAGGGAUGGGCCGGGCGCUGUUUGCCAGCAUAUGGGAGGAGCCCCGUGAGCAGGACCGCCUGCCGUGCCGGGAGGUGCGGACUGUGCUCUGCCGGAAGGUGCGGGGCAGCGCCGGGCAGCGGCGGGAUGGCCCGGGGGCUCCUUCCCCUGCUCCUCGUGGCUGUCUUAAUUAUUGAAGCACAGUGCAAAAAUGAUACUGAAGCUCUAACACACAUAGACUACAACAGAAGGAUCAUUGCCAGGAGGGACAUUAAUUGUAACCAGGAUGAAUACAAUUUAGAUGGUCAGUGUUGUAAGAAAUGUAAAAGUGGUUUUGUUAAAAAUAUCACCUGCCCAACAGAUAUUAGCAAACACUGUGCUCAGUGUGAAAGUGGAAAGGAGUACACAGAUCACCCCAAUGAUUUGAAUGAGUGUAGUAGAUGCUCUUCAUGCGACAGCGUAUUUGGUUUGGAGGUUGUAAAGAACUGUACCCCAGAAGAGGACACGAAAUGUGCCUGUGUAAAGAACCAUUUUUGCGAUUCUGUAGCAUGUACGGAGUGCACUGAAUGUAAAGUAUGUGAAAGUGGCGUGAUUGAAAAACAAUGUACUUCAACUUCAAACACUGUGUGUGGAAUAAAAGAAACGGGAAUGCCAUUGUGGCCCAUUGCUUUGCUAGCUGUGCCAGGACUACUAGCAAUAGCUGGAGCAAUAUUCUGGUGGAAGAAAAAACAGAAGAGUCUUACAACUAAAGAGAACCUAAGUGAAGUAGUGUUCAAAGCAGAGCCUUCUUAUGAGAAUGUACCUCUCAUAGACACAGAUGCUGACCUGAGCAGCCAUAUUGCUGGUAUUGUGGAGGAGAUGACAUUCCCAGAAGUCCUGACAUUUGUUCGUCAUCACCAUGUACCAGAACCUGCCAUAGAUCAAGUUAUUCGGGAUUGUCCUGGUGAUACAUCUGAACAGAAGAUAAGGCUGUUUCGAACCUGGUAUCAACGUCAUGGGAUAAAAGGAGCCUAUGGAACCCUAGUAAGCAGUCUGAGACAGUUAAAAAUGUGUGCUGCAGCUGAUAAAAUCGAGGAAAAACUGAAGGCAGCUGUUUCCAGCUGUCAGGAAGGGAGACAGUCUUAUAAUGGUGACACUGAGCAAAGCAAAACCUGCACUCAGGAAGGUAGAAAUUCUUACAAUGAUAGUGCUGAGCAAUGUAAAACAUAUGCUGGUAGUUCGGAAGAGACAGCACAGAGUAUUAUUUCUAAUUAAAUUAGUAUUUUUCUAAUAAUAUAAGUAACAAAGCUUUAAAACAGCAUUUUCAUUGGCUGUUCUAAUUGACUCAAGGAAGUUACUAUAGAAACAAUUUUUGUAACAAUAUCUUUACUUUAAAAAAAGUUUUAGCUUUUUUUGGUUAGUAAGAACUGGAAAAAGUUUUAUGACUCAUUCACUAAAAGGUACAAUAUAAGACUGCAGCUAUAGGAUUCUCUACAAGAAGAAAAAAGUAGUCAUGAUUUGAAGAACAAGUGUUGUUUACAUGUAUGGUUCUGCAUUACUUAAUCAAUGUAAUGCUUUGCUUACAUUAAAACUGUGGGAUGUUGUAUUUCUCAAAGUGAGAACUUGGGUGUUAUGAGUCUACAAAGUGUAUCAUGAAGAAUACUUGAAAAAAAAUUACCUAUUAUACCCCGAUUAAUUUGGAAUAGGUGUUGCUGUGUAGAUUCUAUGCUGUUGCAGAUGGGAUGUCUACCUUGUAUAAAAGCACCUCUGUUUGUGUGUGGUAUAUGUGUCUGUAUAUAUGUGCAAGUUUUCUAUUCAAAAGCUCCCAAUUCUAAGUAAAAAUUAUUAUUUAUGUUGUUCUCUGCAA